AUGUACCUUGUAGUAGUUGACGCGUAUUCGAACUGGCCACAAGUCCCUGAAAUGUCGUCGUCGUCAACCACUGCAACGUUGAGAGAACUCGGAAUGCUGUUCGCACGAUUCGGAAACCCCAGGGUGAUCGUGUCAGACAACGGUACGCAGUUUGCAACGAAGAAGAUCCAGGGAUUCUGCGACAUGCAGGGAAUUGAGCACAAGAUUAAGGAGGGAGGGACGUCGGAGAAACUUGCAGAAUUUUUGCAGUGCUAUCGAAGAACACCAUGUGCGUCAACGCCAGGACAUCUUUCUCCAGCGGAGGUGUUCCUGGGGCGCCAGUUGAGGACGUCGUUGACGCUGUUGAUAGAAUCAGCUAAUAAGAAGGAAGAACUCGUGUGGGUGCGUGACUACCGCCCGCGACAUGAGAAAUAG